CUACGUCAUGUGUUUCUAGCCACGCUUCGGUUCACUGUCGGCGACCUGUCAAUCAAGUGGAAAUGCUCAUUAAAGCAGCAUAGCGGCUAAAGGGGUCAGGGGACAGCGUCAGAUACCGCAGGUUGGCUGCGUUUGCAGCCAGGAGAGGAGAGGGGAAGAUGCCCUCUCCAUCGUUUAACCUCGAUGCACAGCAGAGGUUUCAUGACAAAUGGCUGAAGAUUGAUUUGCAGUGGGCAUUCUCCGCUGAGGGACUGAGCGAGAUGUGGAAUGAAAUGGUGAAGGACGAGGAGAUAACGUUCACCGGUGAAGAGUCGGCUCACCCAGAGGACUGCCUGGGCUGCUUUGGAAGCCAGAAGGAUGAAGCCAACGACAAGGAGAAGAAGGACGAGGAGGAGACGUCGACGCCUGUGCACCAUUCCAUCAUCGAGACCUGGGACUGGGGGCGGCAGCCAGACGAGAAGGAGCUGAAGGACUGCCUGAUGGUGCUCGUGGAUGACCAGCAGAAGCUCUCGGCCCAGAUGGCCAAAAGCACGCUGUCUGCUCGACGUCUUUGCCAGCGCCUGGUCAUCCUGGAGCGUUACCUCAUCUCUCUGAGCUACAGCAUGAUGGAGAAGGAGAAGGUCUACUGGAAGUUCCCUGUCAACUCACCCAGGCCCACCACUGACAAUAAAAGUCCACGUCCGGACAGCAAGAGCGUGGAGGGUUUGGCCAGAGUGGGCUCCAGGGCAGCGCUCUCGUUUGCCUUUGCGUUCCUGCGUCGGGCCUGGAGGUCAGGAGAUGAUGCAGACCUUUGCAGUGAACUCCUUCAGGAGUCUCUGGAUGCUCUCCGCGCCCUGCCAGAGGCUACCCUGUUUGACGAGGGAACUGUGUCAUCGGUGUGGCUGGAGGUGGUUGAGAGGGCCACCAAGUUCCUCAGUGACAUCCAUGGAAACGCCAGUACCAAGGGAAACAUUCCUCUCCAGGACCAGCACCUGGCUCUGGCCAUCCUGCUGGAGCUGGCUGUGCAGAGGGGCACACUCAGUCAGCUGCUGUGUGCCAUCCUGCUGCUGUUGCGCCUGUGGGAGAGCGGUACCAGAGAGAUGGACAAUGAGCGUUCCACCCAGGGAACCAGCGCUCCUCUGCUGCCCCUUUUACAGCGCUUCAAGAACAUACACAGCAGCAAGGAGGAGCCCAUCCCAGACGAGGAACUAGAGAUUCUCUCAGCACCUCUGAGCCCAAACGAGAGUUUUCUGCGCUACUUGACCUUGCCCCAGGACAACGAUCUGGCCAUCGACCUCCGGCAGACCGCUGUGGUGAUUUUGGCUCACUUGGACCGCUUGGCCUCCCCUCGGAGCCCGCCUCAGCUCAACUCCCCAUCCACGCACAAGGGUAACAUGCAGGAGGUGAUUGCCUGUGGUCUUUUGGGUUGGAAGCUUUACGCCAAUAUAAACGGACCCAUCCAGUGUAAAGCCCUCGCCAGCGUCGGGGUCACUCAGAUUGUGUGUUCGGAAAAGGGUUUUCUCAUCCUGUCCAACACCGGUGCCGUGUACGCCCAGAACUACAAGAGCACAACCCUGGCGCCAAUGCUGAUCUACGGUCUGAGCUCCAGAAAGAUUGCAAAGCUGGCGUCGCAUCCAGAGGGCCAGCAUUACUUAGCCCUGUCGUCCAACGGAGAGGUUUUCUCUUGGGGCUGCGGCGACGGCGGACGCCUCGGACACGGAGACACCACGUACCUGGAAGAGCCCACAAUGGUCGCAGCCUUCAACGGGAAGCAGGCAGGAAAGCAAGUGGUGCACGUAGCCUGCGGGAGCACAUACAGCGCCGCCAUUACCGCAGAUGGCGAACUCUACACGUGGGGACGAGGGAACUAUGGUCGUUUAGGCCACGGCUCUAGCGAGGACCAGACUACACCCGUGCUGGUGACGGCACUGAAAGGACUGAAGGUGGUGGACGUGGCCUGCGGGAGCGGCGACGCACAGACUCUUGCUGUCACAGAAAAUGGUCAAGUAUGGUCCUGGGGGGACGGGGACUACGGGAAACUAGGCCGAGGAGGCAGCGAUGGAUGCAAGACACCCAAACUAGUGGAGAAGCUCCAAGACCUGGACAUCGUCAAGGUGUGCUGUGGGAGCCAGUUCUCCUUGGCACUCACCAAGGAUGGUCAGGUGUACACCUGGGGGAAGGGAGACAAUCAGCGCCUCGGACAUGGCACAGAUGAGCACGUCCGGUACCCAAAGUUGCUGGACAGUCUGCAGGGGAAAAAAGUGGUGGACGUCGCUGUGGGAUCUUCACACUGCCUCGUCCUCACUGAUGAUGGAGAAGUCCACAGUUGGGGUAGCAACGAUAAGCUCCAGCACUUUGACACGCUCUUUUACAACAAGAAGCACCCCAAGGCUCUCCCUGGUCUCAAAUCCAAACACAUCGUCGGCAUCUCCUGUGGCCCGGGACAGAGCUUUGUCUGGUCUUCGUGCUCCGAGUGGUCCGUUGGCCAACGCGUUCCCUUUGUGGUGGACGUGUGCCCUAUGACCUUUGAGCAACUGGACUUACUCCUGCGGCAGGUCAGCGAGGGCAUGGAUGGCAGCUCCGACUGGCCUCCCCCGCAGGAGGAUGAGUGUAUGGUGGUUGCCACGCUCAACCUACUCAGGCUCCAGCUCCAUGCUGCUAUUAGUAACCAGGUGGAUCCAGAGGAGCUGGGCUUGGGGCUGGGCAGUGCUCUGCUGAACAACCUAAAACAAACAGUGGUCAUGCUAGCUAGCAACGCCGGGGUGCUCAACACGGUGCAAGCUGCCGCCCAAGCUGUCCUCCAGAAUGGAUGGUCAGUGCUUCUGCCCACUGCAGAGGAGCGGGCCAGGGCGCUGUCUUCUUUGCUGCCCAAUACUGCAUCAGGAAAUGAGAGGAGCGUGACCCCUGGCCGCCGAUUUAUGAUCGACUUGCUGGUCAGCAGCUUGAUGGCUGAUGGAGGUUUGGAAUCCGCUCUGAAUGCGGCCAUCACGGCUGAGAUCCAGGAUAUCGAGGCCAAGAAGGAGGCCCAAAAGGAGAAGGAGAUAGAUGAGCAGGAGGCCAACGCUUCCACCAUGCAGCGCUGUCGCACCAUGCUGGACAAAGACCUUAUCAACACUGGAAUCUACGAGUCAGCGGGGAAGCAAAUCCUGCCUUUGGUGCAACUUGUCCAGCAACUUUUGAGAAAUAUCGCAUCUCAGACCAUUGCCAGGCUGAAGGACAUUGCGCAUUUGCGCAUUUCCAACUAUUUAGAGGCGGAGCACGACAACAAGGAACGCUCUGCGUCUUUGGACUUGCUGCUCCGCUUCCAGAGACUGCUGGUUAGCAAACUCUACCUUGGCGUCAAUGACUCUGUCAACGUCAGUGGAUACAAUCCUGAGCUUCUGGGCGUGGGCUCACUGUUAAAAAAGUACAUUGCCUUGCUGUGCACUCACAUUGGCGACAUCCUCCCCGUGGCCACAAGCAUCGCCUCCACUGGCCACCGCCACUUUGCCGAAGUCUCCCGCGUCAUCGAAGGAGAUCUAACUGGAGUGCUGCUGCCCGAAUUGGUAGUGUCCAUCGUCCUCCUCCUCACCAUUGACGCAGGCCUGAUGCAGGAGACUGGCUCCAUCCCUCUCCUGGCCGGACUCCUGGAGCAUCUGGACCGGUUCAACCACCUGGCCCCUGGACACGAGCGGGAUGAUAAUGAGGACCUGGCAUGGCCUGGCAUCAUGGGGUCGUUCUUCACGGGGCAAAGUUCCAAAAAUAACGAAGAGGUCUCCCUGAUCCGCAAGGCCGACCUGGAGAACCACAACAAGGAUGGCGGCUUCUGGACGGUCAUUGACGGAAGAGUCUACGACAUCAAGGACUUUCAGGCUCAGUCCCAGUCACUAACAGGAAACAGUAUUCUUGCCCAGUUUGCAGGAGAAGACCCAGUGGUUGCCUUGGAAGCAGCCCUGCAGUUUGAGGACACCAGGGAGUCCAUGCAGGCCUUCUGUGUUGGCCAGUAUAUGGAGCCAAACCAGGAGACGGUCACCACUCCAGACCUCAGCAGCCUGUCAUCCCCCCUCAUUGACACCGAAAGGAACUUAGGCGUGCUGCUCGGUCUCCAUGCCUCCUACCUGGCCAAGAGCACCCCACUGUCACCCAUGGAGAUGGAAUGUGCCAAGUGGCUGCAGUCCUCCAUAUUUGCCGGGGGCUUGCAGACCAGCCAGAUCCACUACAACUACAACGAGGAGAAGGACGAAGACCACUGUAGCUCCCUGGGGAGCACUACUCCUGACAAAGCCAAAUUGUACUCUCGCAGAAUCACGCUCAGUGACCACGCGCAGCCUUUCCUGCAGGCCAUCGCUGACAAUAACACUCAGGACCACACCGUCAAGGACUUCCUGUGCCAAAUAGAGCGCUGCUGUAAGCAGUACCAUCUUAUUACACCCAUUACCUUUCCUCCUGAGCACCCUGUGGAGGAAGUGGGCCGCCUGCUGCUCUGCUGCUUGCUCAAACACCAAGACCUUGGUCACGUCGCUCUCUCACUUGUCAGUCAGUGUGCCUUGGGGGCGGACCAGGCGAAACAGAGGUCCCUCCCUAAAUCUGUGAUUGACGUGUGUCGCAUGGUCUACCAGGCCAAGUGUUCUUUAAUCAAGACCCACCAAGAGCAAGGCCGCUCCUACAAAGAGGUGUGCGCCCCCGUCAUCGAGCGCCUGCGCUUCCUGUUCAACGAGCUCCGCCCGGCCGUCAGCAACGACCUGUCCAUCGUAUCCAAGCUGAAGCUGCUGAGCUCUCAGCCGCGCUGGCGGAGGAUCACCCAGAAACUCAUCCGAGAGCGCAGGAAGAAAAGAGUGCCUAAAAAGUCUAGUGACAUCGAAGAGCCAAAGCUUGAGAAUGAAGGAACCAUAGAAGAAGAAGCCAACAUCAGCCCAACAGCCACUGAUAGGAAAUCACCUACAAGCAAGACACCCAAGCAGGACAAGUGGCAACCGAUUGUGAGCACCGUGGACAACGUCCAGAAGUACCGAUGGCUGAAACACAGCGUUCAGGGCACCUUCCCCCAGUCAAGCCUCAUGGCCAAAAUCGUGGAGUUUGCACUGAAAGAGGAGCCCCUGGAUGUGGAGAAGAUGCGAAAGUGUCUUCUCAAACAGCUGGAGCGAGCGGAGGUGAGGCUGGAGGGCAUCGACACCAUGUUGAAGUUGGCCUCCAAGAGCUUCCUGCUGCCGUCUGUGCAAUACGCCAUGCUGUGUGGAUGGCAGAGGGUCAUACCGGAAGGAACCAACAUUGGAGAGCCUCUUUCAGACUGCCUGAAGGAUGUGGAUUUGAUCCCGCCCUUUAACCGCAUGCUCUUGGAGGUGACGUUUGGCAAGUUGUACUCCUGGGCCAUCCAGAACGUUCGUAAUAUCCUGCUGGAAGCGAGCGGACGCUUUAAAGAGCUCGGGGUGCAGCCUGUCCCUCUGCAAACCAUCACCAACGAGAACCCGGCGGGACCAAGCCUGGGCACCAUUCCGCAGGCCCGCUUCCUUCUGGCUAUGAUACACAUGUUGUCCCUCAAACAUGGCGCCAACAGUCUGAGUCUGCUGCUCAACUCCGGCAUGCUGGCCCUCACGCAGAGUAUCCUCAGGCUCAUAGGACCCAGCACAGACAGCAGUGAGGAAGACCUGAGUUUAUCGGUGCAUGGAGGCUCAGCCACUGUGUUGGAAGAGUCUAGGAAGGAAGCUGCCCCCACGCCUGUUCCUGCCUCUGGCCCAGAGCUGGCAGCCAUGAUGAAAAUAGGCACCAGGGUCAUGAGGGGAGUGGACUGGAAAUGGGGAGAUCAGGACGGGCCGUCUCCGGGUCUCGGCCGGGUCAUCGGAGAGCUGGGAGAAGACGGCUGGAUAAGAGUUCAGUGGGACACAAGCAGCACCAACUCCUAUCGGAUGGGAAAAGAGGGCAAGUACGACCUCAAGCUGGCGGAGCCGCCACCUGCCGCCCAGCCCACCCCCGAGGACUCGGAUACGGAAGACGAUGCGGGUCAGUUCACGCGGCCAUCAUUGGCCACAUUAGAAGGUGAGCUAGCGGAGAAGAGCAGUCACCCGACAGCCAUGAUGCUAACAAGCACCGUCAACCUGCUGAAGACGUUAGCACUGUCCUCUGGCAUCUAUGCUGACGUGUUGCAAACAGACGCCACGCGUACUCUCUGCGGGCUACUGAGGAUGCUUGUGGAAAGCGCCGCUCAUGACAAGACGGGUUGUCACUCCCACAGGCUGGUGUCUCGGGAGCAGCACAAGAGUUGGUGCACGCUGGGCUUCAUACGCAGCAUCGCUCUCAUGCCCCAAAUGUGCAGCACGCUCAGCACGUCUGCGUGGAUUAGCCUGCUCAUACGCAUUGUUGAGGGAAACCAGUCCUUCAAUGCCAUCACCUUGCAGAGACAGAUUCUUGCACUACGUCUCCUGCAAGCGGUGCUGCCCUCUUGGGACAAGAUGGAGCGCUCCCAGGACAUGCGCUUCCUUGUGGAGAAGUUGUUUGGCUUCUUGGGAAGCUUACUGAGCACCUGCUCCUCAGACCUGCCUCUGCUUAGAGAGGGCUCCCUGCGAAGGAGGAAGUCCCGCCCCCAGGCCUCCUUGACGGCCACUCACAGCAGCACACUGGCUGAGGAGAUUGUCUCUGUCCUUCGUAGCCUGCACUCUCUCAACCAGUGGAAUAGUCUAAUAAACGAGUACAUCAACGCCCAGCUCAGCUCAAUCGGAGACGUGAUGGCAAGCUGCCAAUCUGAAGCAAGUUUCCUGGAGGAUUACUUUCCCGAUGCGGAGGGCCUCAGGGUGGGCAGCCUGAUGGCGGUGCUGGCGGUCAUCGGGGGCAUUGACGGCCGCCUACGCCUCGGCGGCCAGGUCGUCCACGAGGAGUACGGCGAGGGAACGGUGACACGCAUCACCCCCAAGGGUCGCAUCACCGCGCAGUUUCACGAGAUGCGGAACAGCAGGGUGUGCCUGCUUAGUCACCUCAAACCGGUGCCAGCAGUAAACUUCAGCGUGCAGAAUCUGCCCUUUUCCGAGCCCAUGUUGGCUGUCUGGGCCCAGCUAGUGAGCCUGGCUGGAAGCAGGCUGGAGAAGCAGCGCAUGAAGAAAUGCCUCAGUCGAGGUCUUACAGCGGACCAGGUGGACAUUCACUUGCUACGUUGGCAGCAGCUACGGCUAUACAUUUUAAAAGCUGCUCGGGCACUGCUGUCUCAUCAGGACAAACUCCGGCAGAUUCUGUCUCAGCCGGCUGUUUUGGACAUGGGAGCAAACCCCAGCGAAGAUCCAGUGGUGUCCUCCCCAGAAGCUGGAGAUUUGUCUCCCGAGGGUCCCCUCCCUCCACUCAUCCUCCUGCAGCAGCUGCUGUCUGCCGCAACUCAGCCUUCCCCAAUCAAAGCCAUUUUUGACAGGCGAGAGAUGGAGGCGGCGGCCCUGGCCGUGUGUCAGUAUCUGGCCGUGGAAUCCGCCCACCCGUCCUCGCCGCUGUUUGAGGAAAGCAGCUCCAGCGAGGCCACCACACCGGUCACCGUGCAGCACGUCAGGCCCCCCAAGCAGAAGAAACACAAGACCCCCCCCGUGCCUCCUCUGCCCAUUGUGUUCCAGCUGAUGGAGAUGGGCUUCCCGCGGAAGAACGUCGAGUUUGCCUUGAAGUCGCUUUCGGGAACGACAGGUGUUGAGGCUCUGGUGAGCUGGUUGCUGGACCAUCCCGACGUUCAUGCCUCGGAGGUGUCGGAUGCAGACACCGUAUCGGAUGAAUACUCGGAUGAGGAAGUGCUGGAGGAGGUUGAAGAGGCUGAGCCUACGUUUCCCGUGCCUGCUGGCGCGGUGGUGACGGAAAGCCAGACUUUCAAGAAGAGAUCGGAUUUCCUGAGUAAUGACGACUAUGCCGUUUACGUGCGAGAGAAUAUCCAGGUGGGCAUGAUGGUGAAGUGCUGCAGAGCGUACGAGGAAGUGUACGACGGAGACGUGGGGAAAGUAAUUAAGCUGGACCGGGAUGGACUGCACGACUUAAACGUGCAAUGCGACUGGCAGCAAAAGGGGGGGACGUACUGGGUCCGCUACAUCCACAUCGAGCUGAUCGGAUUCCCACCUCAAACCUCCCCCUCCCACAUCAAGAUUGGCGACAAAGUGAGAGUGAAACCGUCGGUUACCACGCCAAAGUACAAAUGGGGGUCCGUCACCCACAGGAGUGUGGGCGUGGUCAAAGCUUUCAGUGCCAACGGGAAGGACGUGAUCGUGGACUUCCCUCAGCAAUCCCACUGGACCGGCUUGCUGUCUGAGAUGGAGCUGGUCCCCAGUGUGCAUCCUGGAGUCAGGUGUGACGGCUGUCAGAUGUUCCCGAUAAACGGUGCCAGGUUCAAAUGCAGGAACUGUGACGACUUUGACUUCUGCGAAAACUGCUUCAAGACACGCAAACACAACACCAGGCAUUCUUUCGGCAGGAUCAAUGAGCCUGGCCAGUCGCCAGCCUUCUGUGGCCGUUCUGGUAAGCAGCUGAAGAAGCACCACAGCAGCCAGCGCGGGAUGCUGAUUGAUGACUGGUCCCGCGCCGUCAAGAGCCUCAACGUGUCGUCGUCCGUCAACCAGGCCUCGCGCCUCAUCGACGGCGCCGAUCAGUGCUGGCAGUCAUCUGGCUCACAGGGAAAGCACUGGAUUCGUCUGGAGCUCUUCCCAGACGUCCUCGUGCACCGGCUGAAGAUGGUUGUGGACCCAGCGGACAGCAGCUACAUGCCCUCCCUGGUGGUGGUGUCAGGUGGAAGCUCUUUGAACAACUUAAUCGAACUGAAGACCAUAAACAUCAACCCCACAGACACCACCGUCCUUCUGCUGAGUGACUGCACUGAGUAUCACCGAUACAUCGAGAUUGCCAUCAAGCAGUGCCGCAGUUCCGGUAUAGACUGCAAGAUUCAUGGACUGGGCAUCGUGGGGCGCAUCAGAGCCGAGGAUGAAGACCUGGCCACUGUUCCUUUCCUGGCGUCGGACAAUGAGGAGGAGGAGGAUGACAAAGCAGCUACUGGGAGUCUUUCUCGAAAGAAAUCCUCAGGGUUGGAGUCGGCUGCCACCAUCAGGACCAAAGUGUUCGUCUGGGGGCUGAAUGACAAGGACCAGCUGGGUGGACUCAAGGGUUCCAAGAUCAAGGUGCCCUCCUUCUCUGAAACCCUCUCAGCUCUCAACGUGGUUCAAGUUGCCGGCGGUUCUAAAAGUCUCUUUUCAGUCACGGUGGAGGGCAAGAUCUAUGCAUGCGGCGAGGCCACCAACGGCAGGUUAGGCCUGGGUCUGUCCAGCGGGACCAUUCCCAUUCCCCGACAGAUCACCGCCCUUAGUAACUAUGUGGUGAAGAAGGUGGCCGUGCACUCUGGAGGACGCCACGCCAUGGCUCUCACCGUGGACGGGAAGGUCUUUUCAUGGGGGGAAGGAGACGACGGGAAGCUAGGACACUUCAGCAGAAUGAACUGUGACAAGCCUCGCUUGAUCGAAGCACUGAAGACCAAGCGGAUCCGAGACAUCGCCUGUGGCAGCUCCCAUAGCGCCGCCAUCACCUCCUCCGGGGAGCUCUACAGCUGGGGCUUGGGGGAAUAUGGCCGCCUUGGACACGGGGACAACACCACCCAGCUGAGGCCUAAACUUGUGAAAGUGCUGCUGGGAUACCGUGUCAUUCAGGUGGCUUGCGGGAGUAGAGAUGCUCAAACGCUGGCACUCACAGAUGAAGGGUUGGUGUUCUCGUGGGGCGACGGGGAUUUUGGGAAGCUAGGUCGAGGAGGCAGCGAGGGAUGCAACAUUCCCCAGAACAUCGAGAGGUUGAACGGGCAGGGCGUCUGUCAAAUUGAAUGUGGAGCUCAGUUCUCCUUAGCUCUCACCAAAUCCGGCGUGGUGUGGACAUGGGGUAAAGGGGACUACUUCCGACUGGGACACGGCACGGAUGUCCAUGUGCGAAAGCCCCAGAUGGUUGAGGGACUGAGAGGCAAAAAGAUUGUCCAUGUUGCCGUAGGAGCGUUGCACUGUUUGGCUGUGACUGAUUCAGGACAGGUGUAUGCGUGGGGGGACAAUGACCACGGACAACAAGGCAACGGCACCACAACGGUGAACAGGAAGCCCACACUGGUGCAGGGUCUGGAAGGACAGAAGAUCACCAGAGUGGCCUGUGGCUCCUCCCACAGCGUGGCCUGGACCACUGUGGAUGUGACCACGCCCUCUGUCCACGAACCGGUCCUUUUCCAGACUGCCAGGGAUUCACUUGGGGCGUCUUAUUUAGGUGUGCCGUCUGACAGCGACUCCACGUCUGCCAGAAACAAGAUGAGCGGUCAGAGUAACGUGAAGCCAAAUCGUCCAUCACUGGCCAAGAUUCUCCUCAGUCUGGACGGCAAUCUGGCCAAACAACAAGCCUUGUCGCAUGUUCUGUCAGCCCUGCAGAUCAUGUAUGCCAGGGAUGCUGUGGUUGGUGCACUGAUGCCAGCCAGCAUGAUCGUGCCAGCAGAGCGUCCUUCCAGCUCUCCCGUACCCCCGUUUGACUCCUCAUCCUCAUCUAGCGUCAGUGAUGAUGAAGGCCCACCCGUCCUGCCUGAAGCGGAUGUCCCGGUUAGCUCUAAUCCUUGGCAAGACAAGAAGGGAGAGGUUCCCUCCUCGGAAGACGCAGUGACGCCAUCAUCAGCCGUCACUCCCUCUGCAUCUGGCGCCUCUUCCCGUCCUUUCAUCCCAGUCACCGACGAUCCCGGAGCUGCCAGCAUCAUUGCAGAGACUAUGACUAAAACAAAAGAGGACUCUGAGAGCCAGAACAAAGUGGUGGGUCCUGAACCUCAAUACCUGGAUGAAUUCUCCAGCCUGCUCGUGCCCGACGAUACUCGAGUCAUGGUGGACCUGCUCAAGCUGGCUGUGUCUUGUCGCUCCGGGGAGAAAGGCAAGGAUGUGUUGUCGGCAGUGUUGUCCGGCAUGGGGACGGCGUAUCCGCAGGUCGCCGACAUGCUGCUGGAGCUUUGCGUCACCGAGCUCGAGGACGUCGCUACCGAUUCGCAGAGCGGUCGCUUGUCCUCCCAGCCUGUCGUUGUGGAGAGCAGCCACCCGUACACAGAUGACACUUCCACCAGCGGCACUGUCAAGAUCCCUGGCGCUGAAGGCCUGCGCAUCGAGUUUGACCGACAAUGCUCUACGGAAAGACGACACGACCCGCUAACGGUCAUGGAUGGAGCCAAUAGGAUUAUCUCAGUCAGAUCAGGUCGGGAGUGGACCGAUUGGUCGAGUGAAUUAAGGAUCCCGGGUGACGAACUCAAGUGGAAAUUCACCAGCGACGGCUCGGUUAACGGCUGGGGCUGGCGCUUCACCGUGUACCCCAUCAUGCCUGCCGCCGGUCCCAAAGACCUGCUGUCUGACCGCUGCAUCCUGUCCUGCCCCUCCAUGGACUUGGUGACGUGCCUCCUUGACUUCAGGCUCAACUUUGCCUCCAACAGGAGCAUCGUGCCCCGCCUGGCUGCUUCUCUGGCAGCGUGUGCCCAGCUGAGCGCGCUGGCUGCUGGACACCGAAUGUGGGCUCUGCAAAGACUGCGAAAGCUUCUGACCACAGAGUUUGGGCAGUCCAUCAAUAUAAACAGGCUGCUAGGUGACACCGAAGGCGAGGCUCGUUCCAUGAGUUUUACAGGAAGUGCACUGGCCGCACUGGUCAAGGGGCUUCCAGAAGCUCUGCAGCGGCAGUAUGAGUACGAGGACCCCAUCGUCAGGGGAGGGAAACAGCUGCUUCAUAGCCCAUUUUUCAAGGUGUUGGUCGCCCUCGCCUGUGACCUUGAGCUGGACACCUUGCCAUGUUGUGCUGAAACCCACAAGUGGGCCUGGUUCCGCCGCUACUGCACGGCGUCCAGAGUGGCUGUAGCACUGGACAAAAGGACAGCCCUACCAAGAGCCUUUGUAGACGAGGUGACCAAAAAGAUACGCGAGCUGAUGGCCGACCACGAGAGUAUGAACGUGCUCCACGAGAGUCAUGACUUGUUCAAGCGCGAGCACGACGAACAGCUGGUGCAGUGGAUGAACCGCCGGCCGGACGACUGGACCCUGUCGGCGGGGGGCAGCGGGACCAUCUACGGGUGGGGCCACAACCACCGAGGCCAGCUUGGAGGCAUUGAAGGGGCAAAAGUCAAAGUGCCCACCCCGACCGAAGCCCUCUCCACACUGCGGCCCGUGCAGCUCAUCGGAGGCGAGCAGACUCUUUUUGCUGUGACAGCUGAUGGAAAGCUGUACGCCACUGGCUACGGCGCCGGAGGCAGGCUCGGCAUCGGAGGGACGGAGUCUGUGUCUGCCCCGACUCUGUUGGAGUCUAUCCAGCAUGUCUUCAUCAGGAAAGUGGCAGUGAACUCUGGAGGGAAGCACUGCCUGGCACUUUCCUCGGAGGGCGAAGUCUAUUCAUGGGGGGAGGCGGAGGACGGCAAACUAGGCCACGGCAACAGAAGCCCGUGUGAUCGUCCUCGUGUCAUCGAGUCUCUGAGGGGAGUGGAAGUCGUGGAUAUCGCUGCAGGGGGCGCUCACAGCGCUUGUAUAACCGCCAGUGGAGAGCUCUUCACCUGGGGAAAGGGAAGAUAUGGACGACUGGGUCACGGAGACAGCGAGGACCAGCUUAAACCCAAGUUGGUGGAUGCGCUGCAGGGCCACAGGGUCAUCGACGUAGCCUGUGGCAGUGGCGACGCCCAGACUCUGUGUCUGACAGAUGAUGACAUGGUGUGGUCUUGGGGAGACGGCGACUACGGCAAAUUGGGCAGAGGGGGCAGCGAUGGAUGCAAAAUACCCAUGAAGAUCGAUUCUCUGACGGGCGUGGGUGUCAUCAAAGUGGAGUGCGGCUCUCAGUUCUCAGUGGCUCUCACCAAGGCGGGUGCCGUCUACACAUGGGGGAAAGGAGACUACCAUCGACUAGGCCACGGCUCUGAUGACCACGUGAGACGACCCCGGCAGGUCCAGGGUCUCCAGGGGAAGAAGGUCAUCGCCAUUGCCACAGGGUCACUGCACUGUGUUUGCUGCACAGAGGACGAAGUGUACACUUGGGGAGACAACGACGAAGGCCAGCUGGGGGACGGCACCACCAACGCCAUCCAGAGGCCGCGGCUGGUGGCUGCGCUGCAGAGCAAGAAGAUCAACAGGGUGGCCUGCGGCUCGGCUCACACGCUGGCCUGGUCCACCAGUAAGCCCACCAACGCCGGCAAAGUCCCCGCACAGGUCCCGAUGGAGUACAACCACCUGCAGGAGAUCCCCAUCAUGGGGCUGAGGAACAGACUGCUACUACUGCACCACAUCUCUGAGCUCUUCUGCCCCUGCAUACCCAUGUUCGACCUAGAGGGCCGACUGGGCCAGACGGGCCACGGACCCUCGCUAGGCUUUGACACGCUGCGGGGCAUCCUCAUCUCGCAGGGCAAGGAAGCGGCUUUCAGGAAGGUGGUACAAGCGACCAUGGUGAGGGACCGGCAGCACGGACCUGUGGUGGAGCUCAACAGGAUACAGGUCAAGCGUUCUCGAAGCAAAGGAGGUUUAGCGGGUCCAGACGGAACCAAGUCCGUCUUUGGUCAGAUGUGCGCCAAGAUGAGCUCCUUCAGCCCGGACAGUCUUCUGCUCCCUCAUCGUGUGUGGAAGGUCAAGUUUGUGGGCGAGUCCGUGGACGACUGCGGCGGCGGCUACAGCGAGUCCAUUGCCGAGAUGUGCGAGGAGCUGCAGAACGCCCUCACCCCGUUGCUCAUCGUCACCCCCAACGGCCGUGACGAAUCGGGCGCCAACAGGGACUGCUUCCUGCUCAACCCCGCCGCUAAAUCACCUCUUCACAUGAGCAUGUUCCGCUUCCUAGGAGUUCUGCUGGGCAUCGCUAUCCGCUCUGGAAGUCCGCUGAGUCUCAAUCUGGCUGAACCGGUUUGGAAACAGCUGGCAGGAAUGAACCUGACCAUCGCUGACCUCAGUGAGGUGGAUAAGGACUUCAUCCCGGGCUUGAUGUACAUCCGGGACAACGAGGCCACGGCCGAGGAGUUUGAGGCCAUGACCCUGCCCUUCACCGUUCCCAACGCCAGCGGCCAGGACAUCCAGCUCAGCUCCAAGUAUUCGCACAUCACACUGGAGAACCGGGCGGAAUACGUGCGGCUGGCCAUCAACUACAGACUGCAUGAGUUUGACGAGCAGGUGUCAGCGGUGCGUGAAGGGAUGGCGCGUGUGGUUCCCGUCCCCCUGCUGUCACUCUUCACGGGUUACGAGCUGGAAACCAUGGUGUGUGGAAGUCCAGACAUCCCACUGCACCUGCUCAAGUCGGUGGCCACCUACAAGGGGGUGGAGCCCACGGCGCCGCUCAUUCAGUGGUUCUGGGAAGUCAUGGAGUCCUUCUCCAACACGGAACGCUCCCUCUUCCUCCGCUUCGUGUGGGGGCGCACCAGGCUGCCGCGCACCAUCGCCGACUUCCGGGGGCGGGACUUUGUGGUGCAGGUGCUGGACAAGUACAAUCCGCCCGACCACUUCCUGCCGGAGUCGUACACGUGCUUCUUCCUGCUCAAGCUGCCCCGGUACUCAUGCAAGCAGGUGCUGCAAGAGAAGCUCAAGUACGCCAUCCACUUCUGCAAGUCCAUCGACACGGACGACUACGCCCGCAUCGCCCUGUCGGGGGAGCCGGCCGCCGACGACAGCAGCGAGGACCUGGAUAACGAGGACGCCGACUCCUUCGCCUCAGACUCAACGCAGGACUACCUCACUGGCCACUGACCUCUGACGGUUCAGAGGGUGGGCGUGGCCGUGACAGUGGUGGCGUCAGACUUUUUUUUUUUUUUUUUUUUAAAUGCCACAUUCCUGCAGGCAUUCUACUUAAACACACUCAUCUCUGUCUCUGUGUGUGUGUGUGUGUGUGUGUGUGUGUGUGUGUGUGUGUGUGUGUGUGUGCGUGCAAGCAACCAUGAAGCAUUAUGAGCUUAGAAGAAGUGACGACUAGGCUUUCAACUUGUGAGAAGAGAAGAGACAAGAAGAGCCGUUACCUGGAGUUUAUUUAUAUGGAAGAUGCCGUGUUGCUGCUUUGUAUAUACCACUCAAACAUAGCCUCGUCCUCGUAGCCCCCCCCCCAAAAAAGAAGAAUUUAUUACAUAAAAUGUGUCUCACUUGCACACAUGGUCUACUGAAGUGUCAUUUUAAAAAGAAAAUGUGUUUUGUCUCCUUGAAUGCUUGAAUGUGUGUACAUAAAUAGAAAUAUUCUGACGACGGUGCCAUGUAUUGUCAUUCCUGCGUACUCCCAUGUUCACACACCCCUCCCCACAAGUCACACAAAUAAAUAAAUAAAUGACUGACAAACCACUCAAUGCGUGUUGCUUCAACGCCUUUUCAUAUCUGACAUUUGCA